ACAACCGUUAUCAUUCCGGCUGAAACGCUUGUUGCUUCCACGUCUCUCUCUCUCUGUCACUCUGCUGCUGCCUCGUCGCGUCAGUUACCGUUAGCAGUGAAACGAACCGUUGAAUCGGCGCCAUUAUUCGACGCGUAAUCCACGAAUUUCAGCAGCAAAUUGUGCGGACGAGUGAGGUGACAAAUGCCAAACAUUGGAAGAGUGAAAUGUGAAUGGAAAUGCUAUUAGUGCCGUAGCCAGAGAUUUGCAUACAAAUUGUUGGAGACUAUUUGGUCAGUGAAAAAAGGAAGCAGCGGAAGUGGAAAUCAAAUUAUGUUUACAUUGUGUGCGAAUUGAAAUGAAAGAAAUGCAAUCAAAAAUAGAUGAAAGAAAAUUGUAAAAAAAUACCCAAACCAGAGGAAAUUCUACAACUAAAAUUGUAAACAAAAGUGCAUACACUAUAAUAUACACAAUUUACGAGUGCGUGUGUGUCAAACGGAAAUUUAAAUAAUUAUAAAUUAUUCGAUAAUUAUCAGUUUGUGGUGCGGAAACAACGAUUAUUUCCACUCAUCACUUUAAAAAUAGCUCUUUAAAUAUUUGUGUGUGUUGUUAAUAAUACAAAUUCGAUGUGCGAAAUGUUUACAAUUGAAAAGAAACGAAACAAAUAGCAUAAAAUCAAAUCCCAUCCGUAUACGUAAGUGUUGGAUCAACGCAAACAAAAACUUGAAAGCUUUCAGCCAUCAUCAGCGGGCUGGAAAAGUCAACAAUUUACAGUGGAUUUUGGAUUUUGCUCUAGCUGGUCUAAGUGGUCCAUCAACCGCAACAGCAGCAGCAGCAGCAGCAAGGAAAGCCAAAUGUGAACACAAUACACACACAUAACUAUGAGCAGAUCAAACUCUCAAAAUGCGGCUCUCUCAUACAAUUGGCAUUAGCAUUACCAUCCAGGAAUGGGUGGUGCUCGUGCUGAUGCUGGUGCUGACAUGUGCCAGUACAACUGCCACUGCAGUGGAGACCACUACAAUGGUAACAAUUUCGGAGAGCCCCCAGCCAAAUGUUCAUUUAAAAAUGUCCGAAACGAGCAGCAGUAGCAGCAGCAGCAGCAGCAGCAGCAAUGAGGGCCAAAUAACAUCAGAUGCACAGCCAAGAGGGGAGACAGCAGGCACCAGGAUACGCAUCAAUACAAUGCCAGCUGGGGAAAUAACGGAACUGAGCACCAACGUCACUUUGUACAUGGAGAAGAUACCGCGCAUACAGGUGCGCUGGCAGGACAACCUGCCCGAAGGCACCUCCUACAAUGUCCUUGUCAGUGCCGUGAACAACACACGAUGUCCGGAUGCGCCGUGCAGCGAAUACGGCAUCAAGGAGAAGCCAUUGAGUUAUGUCUACCUGCCGCUGAACCCCAAUCUGAACGUGGAGUCUGUCGAUUGCAACUACAUGUUCGGCUGCCAGUACAAAGUCACCGUGGAAACAUCCAAUGCCCUGGUCCGGCGCUCCACUCGCAUCUUUAUUCCACAAUGCGUGGCUGGCAAGUGCUCCUGCCAGCUGGCGCCGACCCCGCCCAAAGUGCUGACUGCAGCCAAAAUGCUCACCAACGACACCAUCAACAUCAGUUUUUCGAUACAGGCCAGCGAGCAGUUGCGCAAGGAGCAGGCGAGCCAACUGCACGAUACGCUGCGUUCCUACAAAAUGCAAUUAAGAAUAAAUGAGGAAAUGAAUCCAUCACUGCCCUGGGGCGGAGUGCUCAAGAAUUUGCUGAUUCGAGUCUACAAUCUGAGUGAGCUGAAUUUCAAGCCAACGCCAAAGGGCUUCGAGGGCAACCUGAGGCUACCGCUGGGUGCGCAGCUAAAGGAGAAGGCCUCGCUGAAUCUGCAGGCCGUCAUCAUGGACACGUCUGGCUGUGAGGGGCCACGCAGCGUAACAAAGGUGCCAGUGCCAGCGAAUCCCAUAGUGCUCACGGACGAGGAUCAUGUGAGCAAUUCCAUUAUCAUCAUGAGCGCCAUGCUGAUUGCCGUCAUACUGGCUGGACUCUCACUGCUCUUGAUGCGCCGUCGACGUGCCCGGACCAAGGCAAAGCUGCAGAAGGAGGAGACUUACCUGCAAACCUUUGCCACCUCCGCCAUCGACAUGGAGGACAACAUCAACUAUGUGGACAAGUAUGUGGAGCAGUCACAGGCAUUGGGUCUGGCCGAUAUAUUCGAGGUGCCACACUCGGCCAUACACAUGGGACGCAUGCUGGGCGAGGGCGCUUUCGGGCGGGUGCACGAGGCAACGGCCAUCAACCUGCGACGCAUGCGUGGCACAACAAUUGUGGCCGUGAAGCAGCUAAAACCUAAUCCCUCGGCGGAUGAGGUGGCCGAGUUUCUGGCCGAAAUUGAAAUGCUCAAGGGCGUGGGCACACAUCAUAAUGUUGUCUGCUUUCUGGGCUGCUCCACCAUCAAGGCGCCCUACCUCAUGAUCAUGGAGUAUGUGGGGCGAGGCAAUUUGCUCAGCUAUUUGCGUGCAGUGCGUCAGGAGGCUGGCAAAUUGAAGCUACGAAAUGCCAAUUAUACCAGCUGCAAGCCCAUUGGCAGAACUGCUGCCAACUCUGCAGUCGGACUACCCAAAUCGCAGAGCGUCAACUAUAUCGAAUUGAAGGCAUCCAGCCAGAGCAUAGAGCUGCAAAAUUCUGAGAACUCCACAGCGAGCAACACUGCGAAUGGCUUGGGUCCGACUGCUGGACGGCAGCCCAUACCCUCGUAUGCCGAAACCACGUAUACGAUUGUGGAGGAUGAGGAGCCCUUUGAGUACAUCCUCGACAACAGAGAGUUGCACAACUUUGCCUUGCAGAUAGCAAACGGCAUGCGUUUCCUCGAAGAACAGGAGAUUACACACCGCGACCUGGCAGCUCGCAAUGUGCUAAUUGACAAUAACAAGACCUUAAAAAUAUCCGAUUUCGGUCUGUCCCGGCAUGGCAUUUACACGAACACAAAGACGCGCAAGCUGCCACUGCGCUGGCUCUCCAUCGAGGCCAUACGAGACAAUGUGUACUCGAGCAAGAGUGACAUUUGGGCGUAUGGCGUGGUGCUGUGGGAAAUCGGCACGCUCGGCGCCUCACCCUAUCCAACGAUAAGCAACAGCGAGCUAAUACCAUUCCUCCUAGCGGGCAAUCGGCUGCAGCGGCCGGACAUUUGCACGCCACAAGUGUACACCAUAAUGCUGCAGUGUUGGCUGGAGGAGCCCGAGGAGCGGCCCACAUUCGAUGCCCUGUACAGGGUGUUGAGCCCAAAGACCACAUAUGUGGACAUUAACAGUCUGAGUGAUGAUUACGUAUUUCCGCCGAUUAGAGAGAAUAAGGAUAGUCCUUAAGUUCCCCUAACUAGUUAGUUAGUAAGUGUAGUUAAGUCAGUUUUAUUCUUAUAUUAAUGAAUGAAUAUGAAAGAGCUUUUUCCUAUAAAUUGUAGCCAUUAAUAUCUCCUGUCUAGCUGUCUGGCUCUAGGUAUAAGAAAAAGUUACAUAGUGCUGCGCCCUGCCGUUGCACUGUUCUUUCACUCGUUAAACUUCUGUAAAUAGUUAGCUAGUUAAUUAAGAGCGAAGCAACUGUCAGACUUCCUAAGUAUACGAACCGUAAUUUCGAUGUGCUGUGAGUUUUUCAACCAACAAACAAAAGAAAGUAGCGAAUUAUACCCGGUACUCGAAGAGUAAAUAGGGUAUAUAGGGUC